AGAGAUGAAAGCCAGCAUAGGCAGCCACUACAAAAGAAAUGAUUGCAGACAAUGUGCAUUUGUGUGCUUAUGAGACUCUAAAGGAGCUCUGGUGGUGCAACGGCAGUUCAAACCCACCAGCAGCUCCAUGGGAGAAAAAAUCUGGCAAUCUAAUCCUGUAAAGAUUACAGCCUAGGAAACCCUACGGGAAAGUACUACUCUGUCCUGCAAGCUACACUGAGUCUGAAUCUACUUAAUGGCACAAAACAACAGCAUGAGAAUCUAAAGUACAUAAGUGUAUAGAGUGAAAUUUGAUGCCAGACUUGGUUUGCUCACUUAUUCCCACAAUCCUGUAAUAUUAUUUCCAUUUCCAUUUCACUUUAAAGGAAAUUUUCUGAUCGGAUGUCAGAAACUUGUAAUUAUGGACCAAGGAAAUAACUCAAGAGUGACUCAAUUUGUGUUGCACAGUCUUUCAGGUCCUCAAGAGAUACAACUUUUCUAUUUUGCAUUUUUCACACUCUUCUGUUCAUCCAUUGUGCUGGGAAACCUCCUCAUUGUGCUUACGGUCCUCUCUGAACCUGCACUACACACACCCAUGUACUUCCUGCUCAGCAACCUCUCCUUCAUUGAUGUGUGUCUAUCCACCUUUGCCACUCCCAAAAUGAUUGUUGACUUCCUCAAGGAGCACAAGACCAUCUCCUUUGAGGCCUGCAUGGCCCAGAUAUUCUUUCAGCAUGUCUUUGCCGGUGGUGAAAUGAUGCUCCUUGUGGCCAUGGCAUAUGAUAGGUAUGUAGCCAUAUGUCAACCCCUGCCCUAUGCAGCCACCAUGAAUGUACACAAGUGUACAGGUCUUGUCGUGGGCUCCUGGCUUGUUGGGGUGUUGCACUCAGUAAGCCAGUUGAUCUUCACAGUAAAUCUUCCAUUCUGUGGUCCAAAUCAAGUGGACAGCUUUUUCUGUGACCUUCCUUUAGUCAUCAAACUUGCCUGCACUGAUACCUAUAUCUUUGAGAGACUGAUGCUUUUAGACAGUGGUCUAAUAGCUAUAAGCUCUUUUGUGCUCUUGUUUAUCUCCUACACAGUCAUCCUGAUCACCUUGAGACGUCGAUCCUCAGUAGGCAUGGCCAAGGCCCGGGCCACACUGACUGCCCAUGUCACUGUGGUGACCCUUUUCUUUGGGCCCUGCAUUUUAAUCUAUACCUGGCAUUUCAGCAACUUCCUAGUGAAUAAUAUCCUCUCAAUAUUCUAUACUGUUUUCACCCCUCUCUUAAACCCUUUGAUCUACACAUUCAGAAAUAAGGAGGUAAUAUCAGCAAUGCAGAAACUGAUGAGGCGACAAGUAAGUUCUUAAUGGUUUCUUGUCUUUCCCU